UCCUAAGGUUCUGCAUUUUCCACUGGCUGUUUUUUCAUCAGCAGUUGAACUCUGGCUUGGGAGCCCCAGUCACAACACCUUUUGUCAGAAAUCAGGUAUAGAAGGGCACAGGACUUUAUCUUGCUGUAUGGAGAAGUCUGUUAAACCACCCAUGGCUGAGGAUGAGAAAAAACGUGUGCUGGCCUAUAAUAAGAUGAGGGAAUCCUACUGCUGGCUGGAAGGAAAGAAUGAAUCAACUUGGCUCAGGCCUGAGAGAAGACAUUAUCCCCAGUCAAAUCGCACUUCACUAGAAAAAUUCAUAGAGGAGAAGCAUGAAUAUGACAGUGGUAGAACCACCUGGAUAAAGAUAACUCCUCCUGAUCACAAAGAAAAAAGACACUUUCCAGAAAAAGUUACAGAUCAUGCUAUCUUUGGAUGACCUGUUCCUCAGAAGCUGUUUCUGUUGGAGUACUGAGCAUCUGACUGAAAAACCCAUGUUGUUCUGAAACUAUUAUUUCUUUUAUUUAAAUUGCUUAUAACUUACAUGGU